GGAAGAGGCAAAGCGGGAGAUUUCACUCUCCCAAAAUUGAGCUAAAUCUGUUCAAAAUAAACCCAAAGCGUUUCAAUGGAUUUAUUUUGGACCUAAUUGUAUCGCCUGCUUUCCGGUAUUUGGGACGACUCCCAUUGUUAGUGCGGAGACAUGAGCAUCUCGUCAAUAUACAGAUAUCUGCCAAAACUUCUAAGUAAAAUCACAUGAUCUGUAUUUUGUCAUAUGACAUCGAUGAGCCCGACAAGCAACCAUAAACAAGCAACUCCCGGUGGACUUCACUAAAAGAAAGACAACCGUCAGGGAUGAAAUUCUAUAACACGUUUUUGUGACUUUGACGAUAAUAUCUGGAGUAUGGAAUGUUGGGGAGUUUUGACUGCGAUAGCUGCCGCUUGUCUGCUAGGUCUGUCUUGUUAUAACAGGUGUGGUGGUGAGCCAGACGACGGCGCCGAUCCUCAGUCUUUCUGUGAUGAACACCACAUUCAUUGAGAAUGUGACAGAAACAACCACAGUCAGUGAGACCCCGACAGUCAGUGAGACCCCUACAGUCAGUGAGACCCCUACAUUCAAUGAGAAAGUGACAGCAACCCCCCAUAUGAUCCUCAGCACCACAUCCCCAGGCUGCUCUGCCCUCUGUGAGGCCUGUCUCCCAGGGUCCUACUCCGACAAAGACACCCUCCUGUGUUCCUGCUGCCGUGAGCCAGGUUUGUGUCUGUUCACUGGGGCUUGCCUCCCAUGUUCCAGAGGGUACUUUCAGAGUCUGGCUGGACAACAGCGAUGUCUGCCCUGCAGCCAGGGUUUUUACAUCAAUUUCACCGGCAGCCCUGUGUGUCAGUCCUGCCCCGCAGGCUCCUACAGCAACAGCACAGGCUCCGACUCCUGCCAAAGUUGUUCUCCAGGUUUCUAUAUGUCUCAACAAAAUGCCACAUUGUGCAGUCCAUGUCAACGAGGAACAUUCUGCAACUCCUCCAGUUGUGCUCUGUGUCAGAUCUGUCCUGCUGGUACAGAGUCCCUCCAGGCUGCUGCCAAGGAGUGCACACCUUGUCGUCCAGGCCUGCACAAGGCUCCCCAUCAGAGUAUGUGUCAAAUCUGCAGCAGCGGCUUCUUCCAGAUCCACUGGGGCCAGGAGACCUGUAACCUCUGCCCCAAAAACCACUACUGCCCAAGUCCAGACGUGAACCCCAUCCGGUGCCCUGGUGUUGCCUUCUGUCCUGAAGGCAGCACUGCUCCAGGUUACUGCAUGGAGACCUUCUUCCGCAAGGCAGGGGAGGACUGCGAGCUGGCCCCUAUCACCAUUGCUCUACUUGUCAUUGGAGGAGGGGUGGCCCUACUCUUUGUCAUCCUACUGGUGUUGUGUCGAAUGCGAGACACAGGUGGAGAGUUUUCCCUCUCGCGACAAUUUCUGUUAACCAAAGAGAGGCCGCAAGGUGUAUACUACGGGAUCCCAUGUGACGCCGAGCCAGUAUAUGCUGGUUGGUGAACAUGUCCCCACCCUCAUCUGAUACUUCCUAUUAUUGGGGUGAAAUGUCUGGCUUUUAGAGCAGAAUCAAGGGAAGUCUAUGUGCCUCAGUUGUGGACUAAUGGACCAUAAGAGAAAGCAGACACCAAAUCCUAGCCAUGGUUUACCGAAUGUCCAUUUGAGUACUUUUGAUAACUCACCAGCUUUCCUGUGAUUUAUAUCUUCUAGAUGUAUUUUUAACAAGCAGAAGUGUUUUUCAUCUGUAUUCUGUGCUUUAGUGAUGGUGGAUCCCGUUACAUUUGUUAAAAAUAAGAAAAAAUGUCAUCAAUUGAAUUUACCUUUGCAUUCCUUUAGAUUAAUUAGGUAAAUGGUUUAAAGAGGCACACACUGGAUGGUUUAGGAGGGUUGAAAAUGGAGCUUGCGGGCCUCUAUAAGGACUUGGUGGACCCCUUGUGUUAUGAAAAUCACUUUUGUUGAUGUUUGUAAAUGCAUUCAGUCAUGGGACAUUGAUGGGUGUUUAACUUAUGCUUUGAAGAUUGUUUUAAGUAAAUGUUCCCCUCUGUCACAGAAAUAAUCUAUUUGCUGGUUAUACAUAUGAAUCAUUUUGGUGAUCUGAGAUACUAUGUGUUAUAUUUUAUUUUCUGUUUGAACGGCAUCACAUCUAUGUUCAUCAAUAGAAAUGUUUUUGACCUAUGCUAUUUAAAAGAAAAUUAUAUUUGUAUGUUUUAGAGAAAAACACUGACUCUGACUGGAAUAAAGCAUAGCCAUGCACUACUCUCAAGUGAAAUUCUGUUAUGAUAUAAUUACUAGUGUAUAAAACAGGAUACAGACCGAAGUUAUAGCUUUCCCGACUUCAAUGAUCUUUUAAAAAUUGGUGGUGUCAUCAGCCAAUUGUAAAAUUUGAUCUCUUUAUCUUGUAUCAGAAUAGCCCUAAAGCGAUCCUUAUUGAUGUGAAGUGCCAUUACUUGUGUGACCAAUAAAAAUAAGAAAGGAGAAAUUGGGAAUCCUUGUUUAAUUAUGCGUCUAAUAUUUAUUUUCUGUGAGGUUCCAUGGGAUAAUUGAACAGAGCUAUUACUAUUAUUAUAAAGUGUCUUAAUUACACUUUGAAAAUAUUGACCAAAACCAAAUAAUUGUGUUCAACUGUAUCAAAAGCCUUGUAAAAGUCUACAAAUAAAAUAAAGCUGUCU